AAUUCCCAAUAUUUCCUUCCUAGGGUUUACGGAGGUUGUCUUCUGGAUCCUAACGAUGCACGUCUCCAGAAAGAAAAAAGGAUUGACGGAUCUAGAUGGUCUACCCAAGCAAUGCGAAGAAGGAGUUGCCGAUAAAACCACCGGUGAAGAGGAUGAAGAUGCCGAUAGCACCAUCGGUGAAGAGGCUGAAGAUAGCUCCGACGGUGAGGAAAGUGAGGAGGGCUCCCCGUUCGAUCCUUACAAACUCGGUUCCGAAGUAAUAGUUUUCGACCCAUCGGAGGGUAACAGAGAUGGUUAUGGAUCCGAUGACACCGAUUACGAGGGCGAGCAGAGGGAUGUAUAUCUUAAAUACAGACGUCAGUACAGGGAAAGCGAGGGAUUUGAUUUUGAUGAUUAUCCCAAGCCAAUUAAGGGAGAAUUGUUCUUUGGUGUUGCUCGUCAUGUCAAUUUGGAAGAUGAAGAUGGCUUUUAUACCAAAGGCUGCAGAGAGGCACUUGCAUAUGCUGUCCAGGAACAGAAUAAGAAGGGUGCAAAUCUGAGACAUCUUGAGAUUAUCAAGGCAAAUGUUGAAUCAAUCGGAUUGUAUCACAUAACUUUCAAAGCUGAAGAUACGAAACUAGGGGAAACCAAAGUUUAUCAAACUAAGGUCUUCUAUAGUUUGGUUCCUGAUCGUCACCAGGAUCAAGUCUUUAUUUUCAGGUUAAAGGAAGAUGACAAAGCUAAUUGAAAUAUGAGGAGAAUACUGGAAGAUACUUUCUAUAAAAACCAAGACAUGUCUAUGGAGUGAUUUUACAGCUUUUUUUAAUUGAGAAUUUGUAGUUCAUGCUAUGUUACAGUGAUGAUCGUUUAUUAGACUUGCCCGUACUUUAUGAACAGAUGAUAAAGCUAACUGAGAUACGAGGAUACUGGAAGGUGCUUUAUGCAAAAACUGACACCAUAUCUAUGGGGUUGCUUUUACAACUUUUUUUGGUUAGAGAAUUUGUAGAUGAUGGGACAAUAGUUUGUUUGAUAUGGUUGAGAAUUAGCCUUUCCAGUCUAAAUAUUUUAUGGAUAGAUCAUGAAACUUUUAUUUUUGGAAAAUAAAACUCUUUUAGCUUAUAUUAAAAUUCUAAGAAAAUACAAGCGUACUAUAUGUAA